AGAGACGUGUCAAUUUAGCCGUUUACGUGGCCGCACACAGCCGGCUUACCAACGGCCGAUUCGCGGCACUUCCUUCGGCCAAGCCGGGUCACAAUGACUGCCCAGCUGCAGUGCUUGUUUGUGAACGCCUUGUUUUUCGUCGUGGGAGCACACCAACAUCCAACAAUAAUGUUGCCCGGUUCCACCACGCCACCGCAUUUUCCUCAUUGCAGCGACGCCGGCGGUAUCGUGGAAGGCUGCGUAGAGAAAAUGACGUCGUUUCUUGCCAGAGCUCGGGGUGGUCGUUCAAAGGAUAUGAAACAUGAGAAGAUAAAGAACUUUUUGCAAGGAUCCACAGAUUUUCAGAACUGCCUUCUGCACAGGCAAGAGCUUACUCUUCGAGAAUAUGCGGCAUGGUGCGAGCACAAAUCGUCAGUGGCACGAAAAGUGGCUGUUUGUUACCGAUACCUGAUUGACAAGCAUACGAAAUCAAUGUCCGAGACUGUCGUGUCAGAGGGUAUUGAGAAACUUCAGGAUUGCAUCCUAAAUGAACACGAUGAAUCAAUGGAGCACUAUAAGAAAAAGUCACAUAAGUGGAAAAGGGAAGUUCCUAAACCAAGCGAGCCCAUCGAACCUGAAGAACCAAGGGAAAUGGAACCAGUUGAAAGCGAAAAAAUGGGGCCGGAGCCAAGCCUUGUUUUCCCGGAUCAAGACUACCCCACAGAGAUGCCCCGGGGGCGGCGGCCGAAGCGAAGCUUGAAACCUCGUCCCCGACCAUCCUCAGGCCGCAUGCCCCACAGGCGACCAGAUUGGAGACAGACGCAAGCGAAACGCGGUGGAGGAAUGUGGUCGUACCCACUCCACGACCAGACCUACUAUUACCCGAGGCGCGAGAAAGGCCUGGGCAAUGAGACCGCACAGUCUGCGAAUACGACAGCCAAAACUCCGCCAACGACCAGAAAGUUGCCGGGGCCGAUUACAAGGCCACACGUCGCGACCCCUUCGACCACCAAACUUCCUCGCACGUCUCGCAAGUGAAUCACAGCUGUUGCGACCGCGGUGAAUGCUGGUCGGGAGCGCAGCCUCACCGCCGACAGCGUGGGACGUCGUCUUCAGCGUGGUUUAUUCUUACGGAUGUCGACAGAGGGUGUAAUAAUGCUCCUUCGCGGUAUAAUUUUUUGGAGAAAGCUGCUAAAUAAAAUUAGUGCGAUCGAUUGCGCAAUAA